AUGGGAGACGCUGGAAAUAUAGUAGAACCAAAUACUUCCAAGGACAACUUCAAGAGCGCAACGGACCUCAUAGCCGAACCUUUGACCCUACCAUGUGGCCUGAGACUCCCCAACCGACUGGUGAAAUGUCCCAUGCAAGAGACGCUCGCCGAGCCACCCAACUUCGACCCCCCAAUCCACAAGUUCAAGAACCUCUACAAGAAAUGGUCACAGGCUCAAUACGGCCUCCUCAUCACCGGCCAAGUCCAAGUCGACAUCCGCUUCUUCUCGAUCGCCGGUGACGUCUGCACGCACCCGGACAGUACGUCGCCUGAGAUCAUGGCCAAGUGGAAGGAAUGGGCGAGCAUCGCGCAGGCAGAUGGAACGCCGUGUAUCGUGCAGUUGGCGCAUCCUGGUCGAAUGAGUCCGGCUGGGGCUGGGAAUCGACCUAAGGAGAUGCAGGCGUUGUGUCCCAGUAGUGUGCCUGUAAAGUUGGGAGAUACUUGGUUGGAUAAAUUGGCUUUGGAUACGUUGUUGGGGACGCCGAAGGAGAUGACGUUGGAGGAUAUUGAUCAGACUGUUGAGAAUUUUGUCCGAGGGGCGGUCAUGGCGAGGGAUGCUGGGUUUGCUGGGAGUCAGUUGCAUGGCGCACACGGCUUCUUACUUUCACAGUUCCUCUCACCACACACGAACCGCAGAACAGACGACUACGGCGGCACCCCAGAGAAGAGAAUGACUCUCCUCAAGCGCCUCGUCCGCGAAAUCAGAGCUCGCUGUCCACCUCCCUAUUGCCUCUCGGUCAAGCUCAACAGCGGCGAUUACAUGGGCACCGAAGGCCUGCAACAACAAGAGGCCCUCGAGCAAGUCCGCUGGCUCGUGACCUGCGGCAUGAUCGACUUUGUCGAAAUCUCAGGCGGCAACGCCGAGCAGAAGACUUCGAAACUGCACAACUCCUUUCCCACCAAGACGAUCAGCCAAGCACCGAAGAUGCUAGAGAGUACGCGGAUUCGAGAGGGGUUCUUCACGGAGUUCGCGGAGAAGAUCCAGGCUAUGAAGUCUCCUAUUCCGAUUCAGCUGUCAGGAGGUUUCCGUUCGCGGACGGGAAUGGCCGAUGCGAUUGACUCGGGUGUGUGUGAUUUGAUCGGGCUUGGACGAGCUGCGGUAUUGGAGCCAGAACUUCCUCGUAAGGUUCUGUUGAAUGCGGACUUUGACGAUGACCAUGCACUUGGAAUGUCACACAAGGUUCGAGGACAAUGGUUCGCCAACAUGAUUCCUGCCAAGGUCGUUGGUGGCAGCCUGCCGAUCGAGUUCUUCUAUUACAAUAUGAGGAGGCUCGGCAGUGGGCUCGUGAGUGACCCAAACGCUAGCAUUCCUUUCGUGUUCUUCAACAAUAUCUGGGAGGGGUUGAGGUCCUCGAUAUUGGCAGCGUUGCAGCGAUUGACAUUGGCUAGGGCGGCGACGACAGGUCAGACAUAG